AUGCACAGGUCGGACCCAAUCCCGCAUGACAACCCCUUCACUUUGACCCAACAUCUCCCAGGAUUCCAGACCGGGCAACUGAGUCUCAGCAAGCGAACUGCUGAGGAUUCUCUGGGUAGCAGUGUCGUUCUUAAAAGAAUGAAGACAGAUGGAAGAGGCAGCAGUAAUCGCAAGGGAAGCCUCAUGACGAAAGUGGUAGAGGCACCUGAAGGGACUGAGAAGGUUGUACCCCCCCUUGCCAGCAUCGUCUUCCCAUCUGGUGCACCCCUUUGGGUGGUUCUGGUCUUGGAAUUGUUCACAUCGCAUGAUUUUGGGCCCAACUGGACCCAAGUUGUCUACUCAUGGGUGGCAUUUCAGUCUGCGAAUGGUUUUGACAGCAGCAACAAAUUACCCACUGACUACUGCCCCGAGUGCAUAGGUCAAUGGAUUUCACAUGCAUGA